AUGUCCAGAGCAAAGAAACAACGGGCCUCUGGGCCAACCCUAGCCCCAAUCGCAAAACGACUACUGUCCACUAGGAUGAACCCCAAUGUUCAGCCUGACCAAGGAGCAUCUGGCAACGUAAUGGAUGUAGAAGAAGAUAGUAGUGCCGGCCCUCGAGAUAGCAGUGACAAUAAGGGGGGCGAUGACAAAACCGGAUAA